AAGAAAAAGGCUUAAUUCGAAUCCUUUCCACAAACGAGCAGUUUUGCAUGCCGAAGAUCAGUCGCAGCGCAAUCCUAGGCAGGUCUACUCUGGAGCAAGCUCCGUGGGGUUUGCUCCCAGGAAGACUUUUGAGGAUGUGGCUGUGUGAGUUUCAUGGACGUGUGAAGAUCUGAUGAACUCAGACAGAUGAAUUCUAAUUGUGGGUGUCCUGCAAGAAAAUCACAGGAAUAUGGCCUCUCUGGAGUUUCCGAACGUGACCAUAAAGCUGGAAGACGAAGAUGAGAUACCAUGGCUCCCGAAUAAUAACCAGGGAUCAGAGGAUAUUAAGAAUUUCCCAGGCGACCGCUCAGCAGGAUUCCCUGUUCCUAAAACUGAAGUGGUCCAUGGGGGAGAUCCAUGGACCCCAGAGCCUGUUUUGGAGGAAAGAGAGAUCCCAGCAGACUACGGCUCGGAGCUUCCGGACGUGAUAAUAAAGUUGGAGCAGGAAGAGGUGCCGUACGUUCCCUGCCGCCCGGUUUCGGAGGCCAGUGUGACAUUCCAGGCGGCCCGCUCAGGAGAUGGACGCGACAGAAUAUUCAUGGGAGAAAUGCCAUAUUAUUCAGGCUUUGGGAGAAGCUUCGGCGACAAACAAGGCCUUGUCAAACAGGAGAGCCAACACCCCACAGAGAAACCACACAAGUGUUCCUGCUGCUCUAAAAGCUUCAUGAAAAGAUCCAACCUUCGCACCCACGAGAGAAUCCACACAGGAGAAAAGCCAUUUCGGUGCUCCGAGUGCGGGAACAGCUUCAGCGACGGAUCCAGCCUCAUUCGGCAUAAGCGGAAACACACGGGCGAGAAACCCUACAGUUGCUCAGUAUGUGGGAAACGGUUCAACCAGAGCUCCAGCCUUAUCAGGCACGAGAGAAGCCACACUGAGCAGAGACCUUACAAAUGCUUAGAGUGUGGUAAGAGAUUCAACCAGAGUUCGACCUUGGUCAGACACGAGAGGAUCCAUAGAGAACAAAAACUCUUUAAAUGUCCGGAUUGCGACAAAAGAUUUAUUCAGACUGCGAGCCUCCUUGCACAUCAGAGAAUCCACCGGGGCGAAAAGCCGUAUAGCUGCUCCGUGUGUGACAAGGGCUUUGUUCAGAGAUCAAACCUCCUCAUUCACGAGAUGAAACACACCGGCUUGAAACCGUUCAAGUGUUCAGACUGUGGGAAAGGGUUCAAUCAGAACUCGAGCCUUGUCAUACACCGGAGAAUCCACACCGGAGAAAAACCGUACAAUUGUUCCCACUGCAGGAGACCUUUCAGCGACAAAUCGAGCCUUAACAAACAUGAGAGAGCCCACAGAGGGGACAAGCCGUUUAAGUGCUCUACCUGUGGGAAAAGCUUUGUCCGGAGGUCGCACCUUCUCACACACGAGAGAAUCCACACGGGAGUGAAGCCGUUCAAAUGUUCGGACUGCGGGAAAAGCUUCAGCAGCCGGUCGCAUCUGAUACGGCACGAGGGGACUCACACGGGCGAAAAGCCCUACGAUUGCUCCUUCUGCGGGAAAAGCUUCAACAGGAAGUCCAACCUGACGAAUCACGAGAGGACGCACACGGGAGAGAAGCCCUAUAGGUGCUCCGACUGCGGGAAAAGCUUCAGCGACAGGUCUAGCCUCAUCAAGCACGAGAGGAUCCACACGGGCGAGAAGCCCUACAGCUGCGCGGCCUGCGAGAAAAGCUUCAGCGACAAGUCGAGCCUCAUCAGGCACGAGAGGAUCCACACGGAGGAGAAGCCUUACAAAUGUUCGGACUGCGGGAAAGGGUUCAACCAGAGCUCGAGCCUCAUCGUGCACGAGAGGACCCACACGGGGGAGAAGCCGUUCAAGUGCUCAGACUGCGGGAAAGGCUUCAUUCGGAGAACGAUUCUCAACAAGCACGAGAGAACCCACACGGAGGAGAAGCAGUGAAAGGAGGCCGGGACUGUGAACGUGGCUCGGGUCUUCUAAAGCUGUGAAGAAACUCCGCUGGAAUGAGACUUAUUAGGCCUAAUAUAGUGGUAGCGAUGCAGCUGUGAAACAAUAAGUCCCCGGUUUGGUGAGAUCGCCUCUGUUGUGAUCUCAGGUCACCUUAGGCGAGCUAAUCCUCCCAACAUUUGGGAUGUGGAUUCACACCUGAGCUGUGGCCCAACACAGAAUUAGGCCUAAUUAAAAUUCACUGAUUACAGUGAGCUGAACAUGCUCAACCCCAGCGUCA